AUGUAUAACAAGAAUGUCAAGAGAAAUCUAAUGUAUGGCUUGGCCAUACUUACUUUUGGUUUAUUUUUCUUUCUUUUGCAGACUUUUAACUCACCAGCAUCAAGGACUGGUGUUUUACCGUCAAAUGUUGACACACCAACGAGUCAGAAUACGCCAGUUCCUGCUAAAGAAAAGGAGUACAAAUCAGGUCUCUUUCCAACCAAACCUAGUAUGAUUAAGUCAUCUUAUUCAAAAACUGUUUAUGAGGAUAGUAAAUAUGAUUAUAAAAAGGUGACGUUUAACAAUAAGAGGCUAGGUGCAUCUAAAGGUGCUUCUUCUGUUAUCAUGUUAAUGGCGAUAGGUGGAAAGAACUCUUAUGGUUCUGGUAAAACGUUUGACGAUCUUUUUGAAACUUUGAGUUCCAUGAAUUACCCAAAGAACAGCAUCUCCUAUGGUAUAUCUGUGGGAGAUUCAGAAGAGUUUGAGAAUAUAAAAGUAUAUUUUGAAAACUACUUUCAGCAGCUUGAUAUUAUUAAGGGCUCAACAGAUAGUAAGCUAACAGAGUUCAUCUCAAAAGUCACUUUAAUAUCUGCCCCUUUUAUUGAUCGUGAGUUUGAGUCUUUAAAUCGUGAAAAUAGGAAAGAUGAUCACGCUCAGAGAUUAAGAAGAAGAGCCAUAGCCAGAGCGAGAAACUUUGUGCUCUUAAAUUCUUUGGAUACAGAACAAUAUACUUUCUUCAUUGAUGCUGACAUUAUCAAAAUUGAGCAUCCAGAGAUGCUUAAUGAGUUUAUCAACUCUGACAAGGAUAUCGUGGUUCCUAGAAUCACCAAGCCAGGUAAUAACGAUUAUGACAGAAACUCGUGGCGCGGCGAAAGAACAAAACCAACUGAGGAACAGCUUACGAAAAUGGAUAAAAAUGAAUGGGAAUCGUGGGAUUAUGUUCCUCGUCCUGUUUCUGGCAAAACUUAUUUCUUUUACCAAUUCGUUCUGGAGACUGAUAAUUUGCCUCAGGAUGAUGAAAAGAAACAACCUAAUUACCUUAUUGAAUUAGAUUCUGUUGGAGGUUGUAUUUUAUUUGCUAAGUCGAUUGUAUACAAGCAGGGUGUUGUAUUUCCGCCUAAUUAUAUAAUUGGAACCACCUGGGACAGACUUGAAGGUUAUGAUGGUAUCGAAACGGAAGGAGUAUGCUAUAUCGCAAAGUCCAUGGGUUAUUCUUGUUGGGGUAUGCCAAAUUUGGUUGGUGUUCAUUCCAAUGAUUAA